GGCCCGGGGGCGGGAGCCGUGCUGCCGGACCGCUGGGACUCGGAGCUCCCGCCGCGUGCCACCCUCCCCCCUCCCAGCGCCCUCUCUCCUCGGGGCUCCCCGACGUUCGCGAGCGGCCCCGCGCUGCCCCUGACGGGAUGUCGGAGAAACGCGUCGAGGAGGCGCCGGCGGAGCUGAGCGCCAAGGAAAUGAAGGAGAAGAAGGAGAAACUGGAGGAGAAAGCAGUCCACAAAGAAAAGAAGAAGGAGGUAGUAGAGGAUGAGGAAAAUGGAGCUGAAGAAGAUGAGGAAGAGAAUCCAGAGGAUGUGGAUGAAGAAGAAGGUGGUGAUGAAGAUGACGAAGGAGACGAAAAUGGGCAAGAGCAGGACGGACAUGCAGAAAAACGAUCUGCAGAGGAGGAGGAGGAUGAAGUGGAUCCAAAGAGGCAGAAGACAGAAAAUGGGUCCUCCGCUUGAGCCCUCCCCUCCCAUUUCCUGUGUUCCGUCCAUCUCUCCUCCUCCAUUCCAGCCUGUGCUUGCACUGUUCAUUAGCCUCUGGCUUCACACAAUCUCAGAUGAGGAAAGGUUAAAAAAAGCUCUCAAACAGGGAAUACAGCAGUCUCCUUCCCACCCAGAGAUCCAGCCCAUCUAUGAUGUUCCCUACCUGAAAUUAUUCCACCUCCCCACAUCUUUCCAGCUGUGCCCCACAUACAAAUGAGCCUCUUCCCUCAAGAAUCUCAUCAUUUUCCAUCAUGG